UGUCGCGACUUGAGGUCAAGCGACAGGGAAAUAUCUAGAAGCGAGGGGCGUCCGACUGGUUCUCACCGAAGCGAUGGUGAGCGAGGCUCAAACCUAAGGCUAGGGACAAGAAAUGUCGAAACUGAGGUCCCUAGGGCAGCAGAGGCCGGCUUAUAUACAGAGGGAGAUAAGGGCAGGCUGUGCGCGUUGGUCCGUGCGCAGCUGGUCCGUGCACAGCAUGCCGAUGCGGCCACGGGGGCUGGUGAGUCAGAGCGGCUGUGUCAGCGGAGCCCGAGCUGUGCCGCGCACUGCCGUCCUAUCUAA